AGUUGAGAAACAUCAUCUCUCUCAAGAACUCUCUCUCUCUCUCUACAAAUCAAACACUCUCUCUAUCCUUAAGAAUCUUCAAUUGCUUGUUAACGAUGGAGAAGACGAGCUCUACGAGUUUGCUGAGGACGAAGUCGGAUCAGCUGGUGGAGACGAUGGCGGCCGCAAUGGCGGCGAUGAGGUCGCCGGCGUCGUCGGGAGACGGGACCGGCAGUGGAGCUCCGGAUAGCGGCGGCGGCGGCGGAACCCUAUCGAGGAAGUCCAGCAGGCGGCUUGCGGCGGCGUCGCCGGGUCGGAGCUCCACUCAUAUCCGGAAGUCGAGAAGCGCUCAGAUGAAAUUCGACUUGGAUGAUUUGAGCAGUGGCGCCGCCCUCAGCCGCGCCUCCAGCGCCAGCUUAGGCUUCUCCUUUUCCUUCACCGGCUUCACCGUCCCGCCCGACGAGAUCGCCGAUUCUAAGCCGUUCAGCGACGACGAUAUUCCUGAAGAUCUUGAAGCAGGAACAGACAAGAAGAGGAUUCAUUCAGAACCCACAAUGCCAAUCUUUCUCAAGUUUACUGAGGUUUCCUACAAGGUUGUUCUGAAAGGUGUGACAUCCACAGAGGAAAAGGACAUUUUGAAUGGGAUUAGUGGUGCAGUAGACCCUGGGGAAGUUCUGGCAUUGAUGGGACCUUCUGGAAGUGGAAAGACAACUCUUCUGAGCCUAUUGGGAGGGAGGAUAAGAGAGCCUACAGGAGGGUCCAUUACUUACAAUGAACAACCAUAUAACAAGUUUCUCAAGAGCAGGAUAGGGUUUGUGACCCAAGACGACAUUCUGUUUCCUCAUUUAACCGUGAAAGAGACGUUGACCUAUGCAGCUCGCCUUCGCCUGCCAAAGACGCUGACUAAGGAGGAGAAGGAGAAUAGAGCCAUGGAUGUCAUCUAUGAGCUGGGACUCGAGAGGUGCCAGGACACCAUGAUUGGAGGCUCAUUCGUUCGGGGGGUUUCAGGUGGAGAAAGAAAGCGUGUGUGCAUUGGUAACGAGAUAAUAAUCAAUCCAUCUCUUUUGUUCCUAGACGAACCUACUUCUGGAUUAGACUCUACAACUGCUCUAAGGAUGGUCGAGAUUUUACAGGAUAUAGCAGAGGCAGGGAAAACGGUGAUUACCACGAUUCAUCAGCCAUCCAGCAGGCUCUUCCACAAGUUCGACAAGUUGAUUCUUCUUGGCAAAGGAAGCCUGCUUUACUUCGGGAAGGCGUCUGCUGCAUUGGAUUAUUUUUCGUCUAUAGGUUGUGUUCCUCUGAUUGCGAUGAAUCCCGCAGAAUUCCUGCUAGACCUGGCAAAUGGAAACAUAAACGAUGUGUCUGUUCCUUCAGAACUGGAGGACAAAGUGCAAAUGGGCAAUUCCAUGCGAGAAACACGAAAUGGAAAGCCAUCUCCAGCAGUUGUACAUGAGUAUCUGGUGGAAUCUUACGAGACUCAAGUUGCUGAAAGCGAAAAGAAGAAGCUUCUUGCUCCUCUACCGAUUGACGAAGAACUGAAGUUGAAAGUAAGUUCCAUAAAGCGAGAAUGGGGUGCGAGCUGGUGCGAGCAAUAUUCCAUAUUGUUUUGGCGAGGACUUAAAGAACGGAGACAUGAUUACUUUAGCUGGUUGAGAAUCACUCAAGUUAUCGCAACAGCACUUAUAUUGGGUAUGCUCUGGUGGAAAUCCGGAGGUGAUAAACCAUCUGAGCUACAAGAUCAGGCGGGGCUGCUCUUCUUCAUUGCUGUCUUUUGGGGAUUUUUUCCGGUCUUCACAGCGAUAUUCACAUUCCCGCAAGAAAGGGCUAUGCUCAGCAAGGAGCGGGCAGCUGAUAUGUACCAAUUAAGCGCAUAUUUCGUGGCUAGGACCACCAGCGAUCUACCGCUCGACCUAUUUCUGCCCGUACUCUUUAUUCUAGUCGUAUAUUUCAUGGCAGGCUUGAAACACGACGCUGCUUCCUUCUUCCUAACCAUGCUUACCGUUUUCCUCUGUAUUGUAGCAGCUCAGGGACUAGGGCUAGCUAUCGGGGCCACACUAAUGGAUCUGAAGAGGGCAACGACUCUUGCCUCAGUUACAGUGAUGACAUUCAUGUUGGCCGGUGGAUAUUUUAUACAGACAGUACCUGCGUUCAUAGCCUGGCUGCGAUAUCUCUCCUUCAACUAUCACACGUUCAAGCUCCUCCUGAAAGUGCAAUACGAACAAAUAACAAAUUCAGUUAAUGGAGUCAAAAUAGACAGCGGCGUCAAAGAAGUAAGUGCCCUGGCAGCCAUGGUCGUCGGCUAUAGACUCCUGGCAUACAUAUCUUUGAGAAGAAUGAAGCUCCAAUCUCGAGCUUAGACAAUUCGGACUUUAGUUUUUGAAGAAAAAACACGAGCCAGAGAUGUGCUGCUUCCAAUGACAAACAAGGAAUCUGAUCACCUGUCUGAGAUUCAACAAGGGAAAGAAUGGGAACCUAGCACAAGUUUUUGGAACUUUUAGGAAGAUGAAUGAAGUUUGAAUACAGUUUAAAAGUAGUGUUAAAGAUAACUUUGCAUGUUAUUGUAUUAACUCAGGCGAAAAAUGUUGACAGCAACUAGUCAACUACCAAAUUCAUGCUGUUAUUAUUAUUUGUUUGACAACAUAUCAUAUUAUCAUCA